UUCAAAGUUUAGACCCUUAAAAAUAUGUCCUUAAAUGGAUUUUUCAAAAUUCGAAUUAUUUUCGAAGAUACAGUCGAUUUUGUGACGCAGCAUCUAAGCCGGCCGAUCGUCGCGAAUCACACAAUAAACAGUGGCAGUUCCUGGAAGACUUGAGCACUCGUUCUUUCCAAGAACUCUUUUGUUUUCGACAUAAGCCUUCAUAUAUAUUCAAUAUAUAUUUUUAUACUUCUAUAUAUACCUUUAUACAUACUUAAUAUACUAGGAAUAUACAUACUAAAUAUACCAGGAACUGUUCAAUGCGAAAGUUAUAAUGUUGAUAUUGUUUAUCAUUUAUUAUUCUGUUCAGUUUAGUUUCAAUCUUGAAGCGAAGUAGACAAGUGCUCUGUGGAUAGUUUUGUGAAAUAAUAAAUUUUGUUUUUUUUAUUUGCUUAAAAAUGGAUAGAAAAAGUGCGCGGGGGAGCAGUAGUCGUCCAGAUAGGCACAAGAAGAAACGAUUUUCAUCAAAUCAAUUUACCGCUGAAAAAGAUUGUAGUUAUACGAGUGCUUCCGCAGCAAAGUUAAAAAAGUUUGGAGAUGAGGAAAUAGUUAUUAACAAAAAUUUUGGGUACUGUCUUCUGGAAUUUUUCUCAGUUUUUCAAACUCUCUCAACUUUAAUUGUGUGUGCUACCUGCAAAGAAGAAAUUAAAUUUUCUCAAACGGCACCACGCGGUUUAGGAUUUAAAAUUACAUUACAGUGCAGUUGUGAAAAUGUUCGAUACAUUCAAUCAUGUCCGUUGGUGAACAAAGCUUAUGAAAUUAAUCGCCGGAUUGUUACAGCUAUGAGACUUUUAGGAGUAGGAAGAGAAGGAAUAAAUAUUUUUUGUAGUGUCAUGGAUAUAUGCAAAGGUUUAUGUAUCAGUACUUACUACAGUUGUCUUGAUAAUUUACAUACAGCCGCAAGUGCAAUUUACGAUCAGCUAAUAUCAAAAGCUGUAAAAGAAGAGCAAGAAUUAUUAUCAGAAUUUGAGCCUAAUGAAAAUCCAAAACACUUGACGGUUUCUGGAGAUGGCACCUGGAAGAAGCGAGGGUUUACUUCACUUUUUGGCGUUACAACCCUUAUUGGUAAAUACAGUAAAAAAGUUAUCGAUACUGUCGUAAAAUCUAGUUUUUGCCAAGGCUGUUGCCAAGGCGAUUUACUACAUCGAUGUUUGGGAUCCGAAACUCAAAAUAACAAUGAAUCGCUCAAUUCAUUAAUAUGGACUUUUGCUCCCAAGCAUAUUCACGCUGGAUCUCAAACAAUUCAAAUUGCGAAUUAUUUAGCUGUUGCCAUUUUUAAUGAAGGUUAUUUACCCAUCUUAAAAAUGAUGGAACUUAUGGGCAUCACCGUUGGUACUGAAGCUCAUUCAUUUGCUAUCAGACGUAACGAAGUUCGGAUUGAGCGCUCUGAGCUACGAGCUACUGCUGCUUCCAAAGAAGGCAGAACAGCUCGAUUAGCUGAAAGAACUUCACAAAACAUCGAAUAUGAAGUUGAGGAAGGCCCAAUGUAUGGAUCUGGAAUCGCCAAUUAAUCCAAAAUCACUACAAGGGCUGGAAUCAUGUCAACCAGGGUGCACCGUUUUUUUUGUAGCCCCCACUUCACCGACCUGUAAUUUGUCCAAUUUAUCAUUUUUUUUUUUUUUCAAUUUUUUUUUAUAUUCUUGAAACGUUAA